AUGAAAGUGGCUGUGGUUUUGGUGGCUCUAUUGGCAGCAGCACAUGCUCUUCCGAUUGAGGAGCGUGUCAAUGGAGAGAAUGGCUGGUUUGUGCCCCAGGAUGAUGGAAGCCUUGAAUGGAUGGACAUAAAAGAUGCCGAGGAACUGUUAAGCAAGUAUACUCCCAUCGAAAGCCGCUCGAACGAUGUGUCCUUCUACCUCUAUACCAAACAAAACCCAACGAACGGCAAGGAAAUAUGGUCAGAUGCAUCCUCCAUUCACGACUCCCACUUUAAUAAGAACCAUGGCACUCGAUUUGUGAUCCACGGAUGGAAGGGAAAAUAUACCGACAGCAUGAAUGUCAAGAUCACAAAGGCCUGGCUCUCGAAAGGGGAAUAUAACGUGAUUGUUGUCAACUGGGAACGUUCCCAAACUGCGAACUAUGUGUCAUCUGUGGCAGCUGUUCCUGGAGCAGGAACCAAAGUGGGAGAGAUGAUCGAGUACCUGCACGAACAUCACGGCAUGUCUCUGGAGGAUCUGGAGGUGAUUGGUCACAGCUUGGGAGCCCAUGUGGCUGGGUUUGCUGGGAAGAAAGUGGGGGGCAAGAGGAUUCACACCAUCGUGGGUCUGGACCCAGCCAUGCCACUGUUCAGUUACGAUAAACCCGACAAGCGUCUUAACGCCGACGAUGCCUUCUAUGUGGAGUCCAUCCAGACCAACGGUGGUGAAAAGGGGUUCCUGAAACCCAUUGGCAAGGGCACGUUCUACCCGAACGGAGGAAGGGAUCAGCCAGGAUGCGGCACGGAUAUAGGAGGAUCCUGUUCCCACCAUCGAUCGGUGCUCUAUUACGUGGAGGCAGUCACGGAGGAUAACUUCGGCACCAUCAAGUGCGGUGAUUACCAGGCUGCUCUGGCAAAUGAGUGUGGAAGCACCUACAGUAACGUUCGGAUGGGAGCAGUCACCAAUGCCUACAUGGUCGAAGGAGAUUACUAUGUUCCAGUCAACAGCGAAGCUCCUUUCGGCAAGAUCGAGUAGAUAUUAUAAUGGUUAUCAGA